AUGGGAAUUGACUCCCCAUGUGGUAACCAAGCAAUAGAAACUGCUUGCAAGACCAUUGAGGAGCUGACAGCAAUAAAGCCCAAUCAAGGCAGUAUGGGAGAGGAAAAGCACCUUUACAAUGAAACCAGGCUGAUGGAGAAUACUAUGGCUCACACGGCUCAAUACAGCGAGGGACUCGGACAAAAGAAGAACAGAAAUGCAAACAAAGUGACUGCCCCAUGUUACGCCUCGGAGCCCGUUGCUGAACAAAGCGGCGGACACAAAUCUCGGCGGAGUCCUCUGCAGACACUGUAUGAUGGUGACCAGGUUGAAUCAGCAGUGCAGGCGAUUCAUCAGGGUCGCCGGGAGCUGUUGGAGGAGGCAUGCCACUCAAAUACCCAUAAGCGCAGAGUUCUCAUCCCUGAGGACCUGAACCAUGUCAUUGUGGACGAUCAGCAUGGUUUGCUGUAUUGUUACGUGCCCAAAGUGGCUUGUACCAACUGGAAGCGAGUUUUCAUGGUUCUCACAGGUGCUGUUGAGUCCCAUAGAGACCCACUAGACAUCCCCGCAAAUGAAGCUCACGUUCAUGGAAACCUCCGUACCCUUUCAGACUACUCAACGUCCCAGAUUAACCAGCGUCUGCGCUCCUACCUGAAGUUCAUCUUUGUGCGUGAACCCUUCGAGCGGCUGGUAUCAGCGUAUCGAAAUAAAUUCACACUGAGCUACAAUACAGCUUUUCAUAAACGAUAUGGCACAAAGAUUGUGGAGAGACACAGGCCAUUUCCACAGCCACAUGCGAUGGAGAAAGGAGAUGAUGUCUCCUUCGAAGAGUUUGUGUAUUACCUGGUGGAUCCGGCCACCCAGCAAGAAGAGCCAUUCAAUGAGCACUGGGAGCGGGUGCACUCGCUGUGCCACCCCUGUCUCAUCCACUAUGAUGUGGUGGGGAAAUACGAGACACUGGAGCAGGACUCCCGCUAUGUGCUACAGCUAGCUGGUGUGAAAGACAAGGUUAGCUUCCCUGAUUCCUCCAAGAGUACCAGGACUACAGGAGACAUGACAGCGCAGUUCUUCCGCAACAUUAGCCCCUUCUACCAGAAAAAGCUGUUCAAUCUCUAUCACAUGGACUUCCUGCUUUUCAACUACUCAGUGCCAGCCUACCUCAAGUUUAGAUAAGUGUAGGAGGUUACUACUCAUAGGCAAGGAGCUGAAGUCAAGGAGCACAAACUCCUGGGCCCUCAUUUAUCAACUGUACAUAGGAGCAGAUUUGUGCUUAAACCUUGCGUAUGAAUGAACAAUUCUUCACAAAUUGUGCAAUUUACCAACUUGUACUUAUACUUAGAAAUGUGUGACCAUGCAUAUGCACAGCAUGUAUUGGUACAACAGGGAAACUGCAACCAGAAAGCAUUGCUGCAAUCAUUGCAUGCAGCCUCAUUCACAGUUAUAAGUACACAAUUAGUAAUUAUGUCUGGUUAGAAACAUACAUGUAGCCUCAUUUGUGUCAGAACCUACAAAGCACAUCUGUGUGAACUAAACAGUUUUUGACCUGAACAACAAACGCCUUGAGCUCUACCUGAUACUACAAGGCAUGAAGCAAAUAGUUUCCCUCCUGCAAUUUUAUAUUAACAAUUGCCUAUAUCAUUUUCACUGCUCAAAUCUCAUUAGGAGACAUUUUAUCUUUACCAAGACAGCAAUGCGGUGACAUAAUAGAAGUACAAAAGAUUCUGAGACAACAGUAAUGAUAAAUAAUUGUCUGCAUUGGAAAGGCUUAUGCUGGUUCUUGUGGUGAGC